GCCGGCGGGAGCGGGGCCGCGCGCGAGGCGGGGCUGUAGCCGCCCCCGGGACUGCCCUGCUCAGGCGCCGUGGGGCUCGGCGCGGCUACGUGCAGAAUCCGUCUAGCUAAAAUGUAAUUUCAGUUGGACAAGUACUGUGGAUGAACUGCAAUGUCUGGUGGAGAACAGAAACCAGAGAGGUACUAUGUGGGUGUGGACGUUGGAACAGGCAGUGUCCGUGCAGCUCUGGUGGACCAGAGUGGGGUGCUGUUGGCUUUUGCAGACCAGCCAAUUAAGAAGUGGGAGCCCCAGUUCAACCACCAUGAGCAGUCCUCUGAGGACAUCUGGGCUGCGUGCUGUGUUGUCACAAAGAAAGUUGUACAAGGGAUUGAUUUAAACCAAAUUCGAGGACUUGGGUUUGAUGCCACGUGUUCUCUGGUUGUUUUGGAUAAGCAGUUUCGCCCAUUACCGGUCAACCAGGAAGGAGAUUCCCAUCGAAACGUCAUCAUGUGGCUGGACCAUCGAGCAGUCAGUCAAGUCAAUAGGAUCAAUGAGAUCAAGCACAGUGUCCUCCAGUACGUCGGCGGGGUGAUGUCUGUGGAAAUGCAGGCCCCGAAACUUCUGUGGCUGAAAGAGAACUUGAGAGAGACUUGCUGGGAUAAGGCGGGACAUUUCUUUGAUCUCCCAGACUUCUUAUCGUGGAAGGCAACAGGUGUCACAGCACGGUCUCUCUGCUCCCUGGUGUGUAAGUGGACAUAUUCAGCAGAGAAAGGUUGGGACGACAGUUUCUGGAAAAUGAUUGGUUUGGAAGACUUUGUUGCAGAUAAUUACAGCAAAAUAGGAAACCAAGUGCUACCCCCUGGAGCUUCUCUUGGAAAUGGGCUCACACCAGAGGCCGCAAGAGACCUUGGCCUUCUCCCUGGGAUUGCGGUCGCAGCUUCACUCAUUGAUGCCCAUGCAGGAGGACUGGGAGUGAUUGGGGCAGAUGUGAGAGGGCACGGCCUCAUCUGUGAGGGGCAGCCAGUGACGUCACGGCUGGCUGUCAUCUGUGGAACGUCUUCUUGUCACAUGGGGAUCAGCAAAGACCCGAUUUUUGUACCGGGCGUCUGGGGGCCUUAUUUCUCAGCCAUGGUACCUGGGUUCUGGCUGAAUGAAGGUGGUCAGAGCGUUACUGGAAAAUUGAUAGACCACAUGGUACAAGGCCAUGCUGCUUUUCCAGAACUACAAGUAAAGGCCACAGCCAGAUGCCAGAGUAUAUAUGCAUAUUUGAACAGUCACCUGGAUCUGAUUAAGAAGGCUCAGCCUGUGGGUUUCCUUACUGUUGAUUUACAUGUUUGGCCAGAUUUCCAUGGCAACCGGUCUCCCUUAGCAGAUCUGACACUAAAGGGCAUGGUCACCGGAUUGAAACUGUCUCAGGACCUCGAUGAUCUUGCCAUUCUCUACCUGGCCACAGUUCAAGCCAUUGCUUUGGGGACUCGCUUCAUUAUAGAAGCCAUGGAGGCAGCAGGGCACUCAAUCAGUACUCUUUUCCUAUGUGGAGGCCUCAGCAAGAAUCCCCUUUUUGUGCAAAUGCAUGCGGACAUUACUGGCAUGCCUGUGGUCCUGUCGCAAGAGGUGGAGUCCGUUCUUGUGGGUGCUGCUAUUCUGGGUGCCUGUGCCUCAGGGGAUUUCGCUUCUGUACAGCCUCACCAUUGGCUGGAAUCAGAAUCAGAGAGCAAGGGAACCUGUUGAUGUAUUCUGUAGAAGGCCACAUCUCUAAGCUCAGAGGAGGAUGGGAAGGGAUCUUCAGAAGCACUUGGAGACAUUCAACUGAGUCAACAGCCUGGACUAUUCAGAGCGGUCUGCAGACUAGAGGGCAGUCUCUAAAUGGUUUGUUCAGAUUUGCUAUGAAACAAGGAACUUGCAUCAGAAUGUAAAUCAAUUAUGUCACCAAGUGUACUGUUUAGUUCAGCUGUCAUUUUAUUCAUAGCAAGAUGUUCUCAAUGAAGGAAUCGGUGUGCUGGCUUACAUCCUGGGGCAAACUCCUUUCACCACAGACGGGCCCUUUGAAUAGCACUAAACUAGAUUCCUUGCUCUGUAGGUAAUGAUAAAAACGCUGGAAUCCCUUUCCUUGUUUUGAUUUUCCUACCUUACCUUCUGCUAAAGAGAAGAAAAUGAGUAUUUGUCUGUACCUAUCCUGAGCCUGGCACUGUGCUAAGGUACUUUAGAUGACAUUUAAUUCUUGCAAGUUAGAUUAUUCACUUCAUCUUUACAGACAAGAAACAGGCCCAGAAAGUUUAAGUAAUGUGCCUGUGGUCUAGCAAGUGAGAGAGCUAGCACUCAAAUUCAGAUCUGACUCCAAAGUCCAUGCCCCUGACUGUUUGUAGGCGAUCCCAGGACUGUGCUUAAAAUUAUCUGACAUUAACACCAAGAAAUAAAGCAGGGUUGUUGGGGGAUUGCCUUAUAUGGAGAUCUAUGACUAUGUUCUGUAUACAUAUGCUAUUGAUGAUUCCUGGGAAUAGACACAACCCAGCUCCGCCCAAAUCAGAUAGCACUGUUUGUGAACACGACAUUACUCCAUGUUACAAGGCCUUGUCCAGCCCAGCCAGCCAGGUCAGAGAUGAAUUCAGUUUGUUUCUAAGUGGCUGUUGUCUGUUGCCAUCUCUUUUUAAACCUGGGAGGUCAGGAAGAAGAUAGGGAGAAAGAAUUCAUGAGAGGGAUGCAUUUCCUUAGAAAUGUUAUUAAUUGGCUGGGCAAAACAAGAGAAGGAAAUAAAAUAGCUGCUCCUUACUAAGUAAAGGCAUCUUCUUCCCUUAUCUCAUUAAAAAUUAAAAGCACUCUUGGUUUAAGUAGGGCAAAUUAGUAAUUAAGUGCUAUAUAAUGAACUUGUGUAAACAGAAUAUUGAAGGGGAAGCCAAAUUAAUCACUCUGCUGGCUUGUUUUUGCCCCCAUUAAUGCACCUUUUACUCAGGUCCUUCCUGUGAUACCAGGAUGCAUUUUCUGCUCUCCUCCGCUGCUGGAGAUUGGGUGGGCUGUGAUAGUUGGGCUGACAGAUGACAGUGGACUAGAUCUGGAAAAGUCGUGUGUAGGGGCCUCGAUGGCCGUUUCAUUUUUUAAGCCAAGGCUCAUCAGCACAAGCCUACAUGUGAUAGGAACAGCCUUAGACAGUAGCAGGGCAAGGAAGAAUUAGACACAAUGUCAGUACCCAAGGAAUUCCCAGUCUACUGGUGGGGGGAGGUUGGACACAGAUGGAUACAGUUAUGAAAAAGUCUAAGGUGUAAUGGCAAAGACUAUUUUCUUGGACUCAAAUCUUGGCUCAGCCACUUACCUUGGGUGAGUUACUUAGUUUCUCUGUGUCUCAGAGGCCUCACCUGUAAAAGAUAACAGCAGAAAAGAUUCCAUUGCAAUUACUCUGCAAUGGAAUGAUGGAGCAUUUGAAGAGUGACUUCCACUGUCUUAAGAGGGCUGGGAAAGUCUUCUAGAGGAGGCAACCUUUGGCUGGUGAUGGAACUAGAACUCAGGGCACCGUGGGACCCCCCAGGCCUGUGCUCCUCAUCUUUGCCUCAUAGUGCCUCCUCUGAAAGUGGAAGAAGGAGCUUGGGCCUCAACCUGGGACAAAUCUCUCUCCAUUUCAGCUCAACAUAGUAAAUAUUAGUAAUGACAGCUGGAUCCUCAGUCUUGCGAUAUGUUAGCAACUACCUGCCAAGUAUGUGGGGUGAGGAGUAGAAAGAGUAAGUGAGCUUACACAGGCAGGGUAAGAGGAAAUCAUGGAGCAGCAGAAAGUAGCCCUCUAAGACACCUUGCUGAACCUCACGGUGAUGGCAUCUCCUCGGCUUGCUAGCUGUGUGAACACACCUGGCUGGGCAAGCUACUUAAUUUCUCUGAGCUCAGUUCCAUAUUAACUGACCCCAUUGAGUUUCUCCAAAGAUUCUGUGAAUAAAAGCACAUUUAGCACAAUGCCUGUUCAGCAGAAAAGUAAUAUUAUCAUUCCCUGUGUUCAUUUGAUCUUCACCACAACCCUAUGAGGUAGGUGAUAUCAUUGUCCCACUCUAUUAAGCAAGAAAUUGAGGCACCAAGCUAUUGAAAAGCUCGUCUAAGGUCACCUAGAUGGUUAGUGGCAGAACGAUGGUUCAAACUCAAGUGGUCUGGCUCCAGCCCUGCCCUCUGCAUAUCCCCGACAGCCCUGUGCUUUGGAGGGCACCUAUAGCUAGGUUUCCGUGUCGCAUGCUAGAAAUAGGGUAGAUGCUUCUCAAGGAUGUCCGGACCUCUCACUCACUACUGUGAGGAAGAAGUUACUUCCUUCUGCUUGAGGGAAUGGUGGGGCAGAGCCUACAGCUGUGGUGACCCUUUGACAGGUGGGGCAGGUAGAGCAGGCACAAGUGACUCACCAGGGAGCAUUAGCCCUAGGAUGCAGUAGGAAUGCAGCUGCUGCACUGAUCUUGGCAGUUUUGAUUAGUGAACAGAACAAUUUAUUUGUCAUUCAUACUCUGCUUCCGUAAAGGAUUUAAGAAAGCUUACAAUAAGUGACUAAAUAGUUACUGGAAUAAAACUCACAAGUUAGAAAUGAUGUAAAAAGAGGAAAAUGCACACAUAUAGAUACAUAUAAACAUGGGAAGAUACCAGCAAAGGACAAGGUGAUUUGAUUCUGUAUCAGGUGGGAGAAAAGUACUAGAAAAGUAUUAGUACUAAUACUUGUAUUCAAAGUACUACUAAAGAAUGUUGAAAAUCAGAUUGUUUUAAUUCUGGAUUGGUGAGUGCCACACCAAAUAUCUAUGGGACAGAUCUGGCUAUCUAUGGGUCUCUGACCUGGACUAGGCAGUUAUUUUUUUUUUUAAAUGAGGUCUCGCUCUAUUGCCCAGGCUGGAGCACAGUGACAUAAUCAUGGCUCACAGCAGCCUCAAACACCUGUUCAAGCAAUCCCCUAGGGGGUUACUUUGACUGAACUUCAGGCAACCAAGGCAAAACUGGGAAAAGUGUCAAGUCAUAUGGAGUCAAAGAAUUAUACCAAUUCUUUGAAAGAGACCACGUUUUUCCUUAUACCAAAUUCUAAAAUCAUUAUUUCUUUAAAAAUGAACUUAGAAAUCCUUCCAUGGAACUCUCAUAGAAGAAGGCAGAAUUCAUUAUAUACCACCUUGCUGAGAGCACAGAUCAUAACAUUGAAACCUGACUUCAGGUCUAGGACAGGCUGGGUUUAUAGCUUUUUGGAGAUGUCACUUGACUCAGGGAUAGAACCAAGAAUACCCAGUUUGGUAGAUAGAUAGCAUGUCCCUUCACCUUUUUCCAUGAAUAUUCCUUCCCUUGGCCAGCUUUGCAAACAAAGCCGUGUUACUGACCUAGGAGUGUCUCAUAGUACCUCAGUACUAAAGCUUUUUACCAGCCUGGCAUCAGAGAAGUGCUAAAAUGAAGCACCCAUCAAUCGAGAAGGGCAACAGAUGUUGAAGCAUAUCAAAUAUCAGUAAACAGCAAGCCCACAGAGACUGCUGAACUUGGCAUCCUCAUAGCAAAAAUACCCUGUUGCCUUUAAGAGAGAACUCUGUGGACUUUUAUAAACCACAUUAAGUGAUGUAUUUUUUUCUCCAUUUGGACAAUUGCUACCCUGUGAAAUAUUUUCCCUGAAAGAUGGUCUGCUAUGCUCUAUUAUUUUUUUUUAAUCUCUACUUUUUAAGGGCAAACUUAAUGCUCACAGACUGUUCUGGGCCUCAGCCCUGGAAAUAUAGGUCUCCAGAAAUUGAGAGGAGUUUCAUGUUCAGCUUAUCUAGUGCCCUCUCUUUUACUAUUAGCACUAUGAUUCAUAUUAUAAGUAAUAAAUCGAGCUGUAUUUCAAUCCUGUAUCUAUGCACCAGAUUAGUCCCUUUACCUCUCUAAGCCUGCUUACUCAUUUGUAUAAAAAUAAGACUGUUAAGAACACAUACCUCAUGCAAUUGUUGUGAAAAUUAAAUGAGAUGAUAUGUAUAAAGUAUUUGGCACUGUUACUAGUAUGAAUAAACUCUCGAUGAGAGGUAUACAAAAUUAUAGCAAUAUUUAUGAUGAUAACUAUCAUUACUAUUAGCUGACUAUAAAUCACAUGCUGUAUUAAUGCUUUACAUAUAUAUUACUGAAAGAUAGCUGGGCUGGUCCUUUGCCUGUUUGCUCUCAGACAGUGCUCCUUCCCCUGCUCUGCUGUGUAUUACACUUCCUACGCUCCCUUGCACCUGGCCUCUGAGCAGGCUUGGCCAGUGGGAGGUAAUGUUGGGAGAAUGACUGAUGUGCAGGCAGAAGUCAGGUCAUUUCUCCCCUUCACUACAGCAGCAGCUGCAUUUUCUGUCUGAUUCCAGCUCCCAGCCUCUCUCAGGUCCCAGUUCUGGCCACUCAGCUUUUCUUUGGUUUCCAUUCUAGACUGACAUUCCCUGUUCCCGGCUCUGGUCACACCCACUGCCUCCUG